AUGGCUAUUGUGUUGCACUAUGUGGACAAGAAUGGACAUGUGAUUGAACACUUUAUAGGCAUUGAACAUGUUCCUAACACUACUACUUUGUCUCUUAAGGCUGCAAUUGAUAAACUAUUUUCAAGAUAUGGAUUGAGUAUAUCAAGACUAAGAGGACAAGGUUAUGAUGGAGCAAGUAAUAUGAAGGGUGAGUUCAACGGUCUUAAAGCACUUAUUUUGAAGGAAAAUCCUUGUGCUUUUUACAUUCAUUAUUUUGCACAUCAACUUCAAUUAGCGCUUGUAGCUGUGGCCAGAAGACAUAUUCAGAUUGAUUCACUAUUUUUUUUUACUUCUAGUGUGGUGAAUGUUGUUAGUGGGUCAUCUAAGCAUUGUGAUAUUCUUCAAGAUAAUCAGGUUAAAAUAGUUGCGGAAGCAGUUGAAAAUUGUGAGAUUUCAAGGGGGCGUGGUUUGAAUCAAAAUACUUCUCUUAAAUGCUCUGGAGACACACAUUGGGGUUCACAUUAUGGUACGUUAAUGAGCUUGAUUACUAUGUUUUCAUCGACAAUUAAAAUUAUUGAAACAAUUGUUGAUGAUGGAUCAAGUGAACAAAGAUUUUAA